AUGGAGGUACUAGAUUACAUUAUGGAUGUACAUUUGAGAAACUUUAUAAGCCAAAAGUGGCACAUAUUGCUACUGUUGUACGUUCAAAUAAGCUGGUACAACACAGCUGUACUAGCACAGCGUACCUAUCAGGCAAGCUCAUCAAAUUCAGAACCAUCCAACGCCAUACAGAAUUGUAGUGUUGGCUUGAUGCAGUCAUGUCCUUGCAACACUACCGGGCUCUACUGUACCAGUCUUAAUCUAACAGUGGUACCCGAUGUUACAGUCAAAACAAUUACACAUUUAGAUUUGACAGGCAAUGCCAUAUCCAGACUUGAGAAUGCUAGUUUUCUUGAGUUGGAGUUCCUGGUAACGCUAUGUCUUGGUCACAAUCGUAUUAAUUUCAUCGAUCCACAAGCAUUUAGUAAUCUGUACAGACUGGAGACUUUAAAUCUGGAAAAUAAUGAGAUUACCAGUUUGGACCCAUCUGGACGUACAUUUCAACAUUUAGUUUCUCUGAAACUUCUAAACUUACAAGACAACAAGAUCACAAAAGUCAACAAGUAUUCAUUUAUCACAAUGGCUACCUUCGGCACAAUGCCAGCAACAGUAAAUCUGGAAAAUAACCCCAUUCUGUGUGAUUGUGACAUCUGGGCAUUGAAGCAGUGGAGGCAAACUAGAGAGGUCAGCAGAGUGGUCAUAAAAUUAAACUGUAGUGACAUAAACAGAUCAUACCUGGAAGUACCGGAAUCCACAUUUGGGUCUUGUAAUGCCAGUACAGAUGGUAUUUUCAGCGGUGAAACCUUGUGCCCAAUCUGCGUGAAUGUGGACACCAACAACAAAUGCAACUUGCAAGGACC